CCUGUGAGCCGCCAGUAUGGAUGACAUCUACAAGGCUGCGGUAGAGCAGCUGACAGAAGAGCAGAAAAAUGAGUUCAAGGCAGCCUUUGACAUCUUCGUGCUGGGCGCUGAGGAUGGCUGCAUCAGCACCAAGGAGCUGGGCAAGGUGAUGAGGAUGCUGGGGCAGAACCCCACCCCUGAGGAGCUGCAGGAGAUGAUUGACGAGGUGGAUGAGGACGGCAGCGGCACGGUGGACUUUGAUGAGUUCUUGGUCAUGAUGGUUCGCUGCAUGAAGGAUGACAGCAAAGGAAAGUCUGAGGAAGAGCUUUCAGACCUCUUCCGCAUGUUUGACAAAAAUGCUGACGGCUACAUCGACCUGGAGGAGCUGAAGAUAAUGCUUCAGGCUACAGGGGAGACCAUCACAGAGGACGACAUUGAGGAGCUCAUGAAGGAUGGUGACAAAAACAAUGAUGGCCGCAUUGACUACGAUGAGUUCCUGGAGUUCAUGAAGGGGGUGGAGUAGACACCAACCUUCACCCA